GUGAUCUACAAAUCAAAGCUAGCACAGAGCGGUGUCAAUUGCGCCUCAGUCAUCGUCAGUGGGUGCCGCUAACAGUCUUACUCCUCGAAAUGCAUGGAUUCUCUCUUAUAAUUCUAACCGCAGCUUUCUGCAUUGCUAUCCUAGCUGAGACUGCACCUUCGGACAGCACUACUGCGCCACCGACGACGACAACCAAAACUCUCCAACUUACCAAACUUAAGUUAGAACCACUGAAGCUGCCGGAACCAUUGAAGCUUAAACCAUUGAAGCUAGAACCAUUGAAGCUACCAGAACCGCAGAAGCUUCCAGAGCCAAAGGAUCUUUUAGACACAUUACUCAACAACAAUAAACGCAACAAACGUGAAGAGGAAAGCAACUCGGCUACGAACAGCGACAAGAAAAUGUGUAAAGGUUUCGAUGUUUGCUCCAAUCAUGAUGACUGCCAUGGCGGUCAGUGCGUCGGCACAUUCAUCGGCAAAUGUAACUGCAAUGCCUGCAUAGAUUUCUGGCUCUGUGAAAGUGAUGCAGCGUGCGGUGGACUGAAAGGUGCUUGCAACAAUGUCACGAAGCAUUGCGACUGCAAUGCGGGCUUCAGAGCGGCUGGAUUCCCACUUUACAUAGAUGCUCUUAACGGAUUGUGCAAUACAAAGAGCUGCACUACACAAAACGCAAACAAGGAAUGCUUCGGAUUGCCGUGUAAUGUAGGACGAUGCCUUUGCGGUGAAAAGUUGACAGAUAUCGUCGUGCUUCCUAAGCUUUUCACUGCUUAGAUUUCUAUUUAUUGCAUGCCAAAAAAGCCGUAUGUGAUUCUAAGCAUUUUUACCCAUUUGUAUCAAUUAUAAUAAACUUUGCAU